UUUGUCAAUUUUCUUAAAUCGUUUGUACAGCUAGCCCUUUUUUUUGACUUUUUUUUGACUUUUUUGCGAGAAAUACUUAUGGCUGAUUCAAAUAAAACAAAUCUUAUUAUUAAUUAUCUACCACAAUCGAUGACAGAUGCACAAUUUCAUAAUUUGUUUGAAAGUAUUGGACCGACGGUAUCUUGUCGAAUUAUUAGAGAUAAAAACACAGGAUAUAGUUUUGGCUUUGGCUUCGUUGAAUACAAAGAUCAAAAGCAUGCAAGCUUAGCUAUAAGCACCCUAAAUGGAUAUAAGAUGCAGCAUAAAACUUUAAAAGUCUCACAUUCAAGACCUGGUGGAGAUAAAAUUAAAAAUACUAAUCUAUAUGUUGCUAAUUUGCCCAAAGAUAUUGAUGAGACCAAGUUAGACAAUAUUUUUAAAGCUUUUGGUACUGUUAUACAAAGCAGAAUAUUAAAAGAUUCAUUAGGAUUAUCAAGAGGUAUUGGAUUUAUUCGAUAUAAUUACCAAGAUGAGGCUCAAUUGGCUAUUGAAACUCUAAGUGGAAAGACAUUGCCUGGCACUAAUCAGGUUAUCACUAUAAAAAUUUCAUCGGAUAAUGACAAAAAGCAAAAGGAUAUUAUUCAAAAAUAUUCCAAGGUUAAAUCUGUAAACAUCUUUGAUCCAAACCAACCCAAAUCACUCAUGGAUCUAGAGUCUGCCACUGCAAUUUUAUCAAAAAAUCCAUUAGCUGCUGCUAAUUUGGUAGCGGAAACUCCGUAUGGAGCUAUGAUGGGUAUGGGUACCUUCAAUGAUAAUGCUUAUUCAAGAAUGAAACAAUACAAUCAAGGGUAUUCUAAUAAUAAUAAUAGCAGAAAUAUGAAUGGUAAUAGUAAUUCAAAUCAAUUUACAUAUGGUAUGACAUCGUAUUAUGAUAUCAUGAAUAUGCCAUAUAACAAAAAUUAUAAUGAUGGAAUGAAUCAACCACACCAUGGCCAGCAUCCUAAUCAGCAUAAAAAUUCCAUGAAUAUGAUGUCAAUGAUGAUGGGUGGUAAUGAUAAUGAUGUGAACAACUCAAAUUAUGGUCCUAAUAAUAUGUCCGGAAAUAAUCCAAUGAGUAAUAAUUAUUAUGGUGGAGCAGCAGGACCUAAUAAUCCUAAUAGAAAUGUUAAUUCAUUGAUUACAUUAACUGGUAAUCCAAAUGCUCAUAAACAUCAGUUGUAUGAUCCUGAACUUAACAAUGUUAAUAUGCCCAUGAAACCAAAUCAAAAUUAUCACAAUGCGCCUGGCAUUUAUAAUAAUAAUAAUAAUUCGUCAGGAAAUUAUGGUGGCAACACUGAUACUAAUGUUGGAAAAUUACUUUUUGUUUAUAAUAUUGGUAGUGAUACGACGGAAAAGGAGUUGAUUAAUUUAUUUUGGCCUUAUGGUACAGUGAUUAAAGUGGAUAUUCCUAAGGACACAAAGAAUGCAGCAGCAAAUAAAGGCUUUGCUUUUGUUGCAAUGUCUAAUAUAGAUGAGGCUAAUCUAGCUAUUCAAUAUCUUAACAAUUUUACUUUUAAAGAAAAACCUUUACAAGUUUCAAUCAAGAAGGACUAAUUAUUUUAAAAAAAAUAAAAGUGAAUGAAAAUUUGUUCAAUGAAUUAUUUUUCUGUAAAUACUUUUUAUUCUUAAUUUUGUAUAUAAAAUA